AUGCAUCUUGGUUACAAUCUUACGAUGCUGUCGCCAUCGUCAGUCCAGGACAAUCUAGUCAUCACUACGCCCAACAUGCAAUUCGUUCCCAAGUUCCACCAUUUUGAAGAAGAAAAUGUACAAGCCCACACUGAUGGUCGUUUCAGUGUCGUCGACUGCUUUCAAUGGCCUCAAGCCUAUGACAACAUCUUUUGCAAUUCCGUCUGCAUUCCUCGUAAGGAGGCUUACCCGUUCCCGCACCCGCUUCACUGGGCAUGGUACACUCCUGAGCAAAAGGACUUCAAGACCAUCCCAGGCAAUUUGUUCCCUGUAGGCAUGCUUGCCUCUGACAAGGUCAAAGGACUGGAGUCACUCCUCAAAUUAGUAGAAAAAUGUGUACAGGACUGGAGGGCCAAUCGACAAGGCAAAAAGGAUGUCAUCAUCAAUCGUGUUGUCUCUCUUUGA